GAAAGUCCAAAAAAUAUCGGGAGAUGGACCGUAUGGACCGUAUCCGAAGCGGAGGGUUCAACAUAUAUACCCUGUAUUGCGAGAGGAGGAUGCUCUGGUUCUCUGAGGAAGAUCAAAAUGGAAGUGUCUCUCUAGCUUCAUUUGUUGAUCCAAGUCCAUUUUUUGGAUGCUAAAGAUGGAUCAUCCCAAAGAAAUUCAGCUUAAUGUUACAGGUGCUGUUUCAGCUCAAGGCUCCCUCUCCCCCAAAGAUCCAACCGCCAGUAACUACCGCUUACCUUCAAAUCCAACCCCAACAAAUCCCAUCUUCCAGCAAAGCUGGAAAUGGUGGCUCAUGGUCGCCGUCGAAGUCGUAUGGGUGCUUGCCGGCCAGACCGUCGCCACCCUCCUCGGCCGCCUCUACUUCAACGAAGGCGGCAACAGCAAGUGGACGGCCACCCUCGUCCAAUCUGCUGGAGCCCCUCUCCUCCUCGUCCCCCUCUGCCUUUCUCGCUACUUCACUAAAGCUUCGCCCCUCGCCCGACCACCGCUACACAAACUCGCCAUUGUUUACAUUUCCAUCGGCCUUCUCAUAGGCGGCGAUAACUUGAUGUACUCCUACGGCCUCCUAUACCUCCCGGUCUCAACCUACUCCCUCAUCUGCGCAACUCAACUUGCGUUCAAUGCAAUCUUCUCCUACUUUCUGAACUCGCAGAAGUUCACUAUUUUGAUAUUCAACUCUGUCGUCCUCCUGACCUUUUCCGCAGCCCUCCUCGGGGUCGGCUCCGACUCCAGUGGUUCACCGGGAGAAAAGUAUGCAGUAGGGUUCGUGGUCACCCUUGGCGCCUCAGGCACCUUCUCUCUCAUCCUUUCCUUGAUGCAGCUCAGCUUCGAGAAGGUGAUAAAGAUGGAGACUUAUCUCGUCGUGCUGGAGAUGCAGAUGUGCACGAAUGUCGUGGCGGCUGUUGUUUCGGUGGUGGGGCUCUUCGGCAGCGGAGAGUGGAGGACCUUAGGGCAAGAGAUGGACAACUAUCAGAAAGGGAAGGUUUCUUAUCUAAUGACAUUGAUAUGGACAGCAAUAAGUUGGCAGGUGUCUUCUGUGGGGAUGUUGGGGUUGAUCUUUGCGGUGUCGUCGCUGUUCUCUAAUGUCGUGAGCACGGUGGCGCUUCCGUUGGUGCCGAUCUUUGCAGUGAUCUUCUUCCAUGAUAAGAUGGAUGGGGUGAAGGUGGUGGCCAUGCUGAUUGCCGUAUGGGGUUUCCUUUCCUAUAUCUAUCAACAUUAUCUUGACGAUCUGAGAGCCAAGAAGCUUGCAAAGAAAAGCAGUGGGAGGGCAACCAAUGGGUCUGUCACUUCACCAUGAAAUUGGUAUUAUGGGAUGUAAGUUUAAAAUGUUUGGGAAACUAAGUAGGGAGAUUUAUUUGCUUGUAUAAUUAAUUAAUUACAUAAAGAAGGCAAGAGGAGUUUACAUGAA